AUGCCAUCAUGGUGGCGGACGUUUGAGAGAGCCAUUACAUAGACUUGGCGCCACUCAUUGCCAGUUGUUUAUUUACCGAGCCUAUCAAAUUAGGGGACGACAGCGUCACUUCACCAUCAGUUAUUCAUUAAAGCUUGGGUCAGCCUCAACACCAAGCAACCAUAUCCUGCCAACCCACAAGGAACAUGGUACAAGGACUGACGUCGAUCUACAUUUUUUCGCGCAGGGGAGUGCGGCUAGGGUUGGACCGGGGCCCCCUCUCAACUAAUACUUUCUAGUAGUCGAUCAACAUGCACGCGAAAUUGCUCAGAAUAGAAACAUAUCAAUUUUUUUCAGUGGUGGAAGUGUUUUGUGAUAGUUGGGGCGCCUUGAGAGGGUACACCAUAGGGAUGACGUCCAAGGGCGGAUGUAUUAAGGAUGCACCUCAUAACUUGGCACGGAGCCGGGAAGGGGGCAAUUUCGUAGGUAUAUAGAAACCACCAUCUCACGCCCUCCGUCGAGGAUUUCCUUGUAGAGUCACCAAUUCAGUCGUUACCAAAAAUCUUCGGUCGCUCAGUCACUCAAUCAUCCAGUCGGUCGUCCGGUUGCAAGUUUCUUAAUAGAUAUUGGGGUUGCCACGAUAAACAUUCGCUCGAUACAAUAAAAUCACGAAACCAGCUUUCAAAAUGCACUUCCUCACAGUUAUCACUCUCGCUUCCGCGGCUCUUGCGGUGCCAUUCCAGCCUUUCAAGAAGCCAGUAGGCACAGGUUCGAUCCCGUCCUUCCCUACGGUUCCUGGCACCGCACCGACUGGUGGCCCUACGGCGUUCCCAGCCCUAGCCGACCCAACAUCGGUGUACCACCCUUCGAUCACCUACGCUACUACUACGGCUUCGUCCAGCCAAGGGGGUUUCACGCCUGCGCCGAACACCUUCUCCACUUUCCAGGCGACUCGUCUCCCAGAGACCAGUUCGAUCUUCGACUCGGUCCCUACGCCUCCCGUCAAUGCUAAGCAAGUUGACGCUCCUCACCCUUUCCCUACCUUCCCAGGUGGUACCGCUCCCCCUACCCAGCCAUCCAGUGGUCUCCCGCCGCACCACCACCACCAUGACCCCACGGGCGGGUACUCGGGACCAGUUAGCUUCACCCGCACCACUCCUCUCCCGGCCCCUUCUGCUUUCUGGGGAGCUUAAGUUCUAAACCUGGAGCUUCCGAUACGAGAAACUGCCAAAGUUUGACAACGAGACUACGCACGCACAGCACGCUAUGAAUUCGCGAGUCAGAGACUUCCACAUAUUAUCACGACUUCGCUUCUAAUUCGCUUCGCAAUUUACGACUCGAUUGGUCGAACACCCGUGUCUCAGGGAAGGAGACGGGAACCAUUUCGUUAACACGCUGCCGCUUCAAAUAAGGGGGAAAGAUGGAUGCGCGCGCUAGGUAGAUUGGUGAUUAUGCUUUCUAAUGUAUAUACAACUUAGACUUACAACCUUGUCAAUGAAUGCCUAUGCAUGGG